AUGAAGAAAGAUAGACUUCCAGUGUAUCAACCUCCCAUUCCAUACCCUCAACGAUUUCAGAAGAAGAAAUUAGAUGAACAGUUUGCAAAGUUUCUAGAAAUCUUCAAACAAAUUCACAUAAACAUUCCCUUUGCAGAUGCUCUUGAGCAAAUGCCUAAUUAUGUGAAAUUCAUGAAAGAAGUUAUGUCUAAGAAAAGAAGAUUAGAAGACUUUGAAACUGUGAAGUUAACAGAGGAAUGCAGUGCCAUCCUACAGAAGAAGUUGCCUCAAAAGGUGAAAGAUCCGGGUAGCUUUACUAUACCAUGCACUAUUGGAGGGUCGUCCUUUGAUAAGGCUUUGUGUGAUCUUGGAGCGAGUAUAAAUCUGAUGCCACUUUCAGUUUUCAAGAAAUUGGGGGUAGGAGAGGUGAAGCCCACAACCAUCACUCUUCAAUUAGCAGAUCGGUCACUUACUUAUCCUAGGGGAGUGAUUGAAGACGUAUUGGUUAAGGUGGACAAAUUUAUUUUUCCCGCUGAUUUCGUGGUUUUGGAUAUGGAGGAGCACCAUGAAUCCCCAUUAUUCUUGGUCGUCCAUUCUUGGCUACUGGAAGAGCUCUUAUUGAUGUACAAGGUGGUCAUUUGA